UUGUAUUCCAAGGGGCGUACAUAACUGUGAUGUGAUAUCAUUUAUUUUUAUCACGAAAAUAAGGAAAACCACCGAAUUAGAAUAAUAAAACAACAUAAUGUCCUCUCCUCCUCCUACCAAACCCCCUCGGGGUGUCAAACAAGGAAAAGAAACAAGUGGUUUACUAAUGUCAGUGAUCCGCACCCUCUCAGCGAGUGAGACAAACGAACAGCGAGAGAAAGAGAGGGCGAAGCUAGAGAAGGAGUACAAGAAGAGUGAUGCUAGGCUUGAUGAGCUGGUGGAACAACAUGCACAGGAGAUUAUGGAAGUUAUGCAGAAAUUCAGCAGUGUAGUAUCAGCACUGACAGUGUGGGGACAGCACUGUGAUGCUGUGGUAGCUCGCCUCGGUGCGUGUCGCGGGUUGUUGCGGCUGCGGCGCGAUGAUCUGAAGAGACUCUGGGCUGAUGCUCGCACCCAUCACUAUGCCUUGCAGAUGCUUACUGAUAUUGAGCGAGUAGUAGUAUCAGAGCGCGAAGCCCGCGAGUCCCUGGCAGCAGGCCGGGUCCUGGCCGCGGCGCACACACUGCACGCCGCGCUGUCCACCGCCAAUACCACGCUUUCACAUGUCGACGCACUCAACGCUACUAGGCAACAUCUACAGCUAAAAAAGCAAGAACUAGUGGACGUAAUAGUCCGACGUUUGAGUGAGGCAGUGUACAGAGAUGAACGCGCGCCACUAACGAGGCGCGUGUCUGCAAGGAGGCGGACUGCGCUACUACUGGCUGAAUUAACAAAGAGUGAAGAGGUAACAGACGCGUACUUGCAAGAAGUGACGCCGGAGUUCGAAGCCUCUCUGUCGGAGGAGGACAAAACCUUUGAGACCACCGUCAUGAUAUCCUUAGAGGCUCUUGGAGUAUUGGAGCAACUCAAGGAAGCCACCGAGAAAUUCAAGGUCCAAAUUCAAAAUGAACUGCUAGAAGUAAUAGACUCCGUGUCUCGUCGCAUUAUUGAAGAAGGAGAGGUGGAAGCCGACGCCGAUGUAGAAGAGGAUGGCGAGAUACCGGACAGUGAAGGAGUGACAGAGACAGGACGACCUCUAGCGAGACUAGUCACGAGUUUAAGCGAAGAAUUCCGAGCGUGCGCUACGAGGAAUAAGAGACUGCUCCAACUAUGGAGGGCCUCGCUCCAGAAAUAUCGCGUGCCAGACUCCUGUCUACAUACUGAGCAACAUUACUGGAGCGCUGUGCAACAAGUGCUACAACUCCUUCUAACGGAGUACUUAGAGAUCGAGAGCGUGAACCUCGCGGCGCAGCGGUCAGUGAGCUCAGCAGUGGCUGAUACUACUGAGCUGAGGCUCGCUGACUACUUCGCCAAGAAGAGGCCGCAACGACGACGGCCUAAACUGUUCAAAUUGUCUGGUCCCCCGGCGGUGUCCCCGGGCCUGUCGGCGCGGCGCCACAACUACCCGCUAGUCUGCCGGCCCGACCCCGCCCACCUACACGCCGUGCUACCCGCACUGCAACCACUCUGCGCGUACAUCGAACCUGUCACUGGAGGCGGCGAGUGUUCCCUGCGCGCGUUCCUGUCGGACUACGUGCAGACCGGGGAGAGCGAGCGACUGGCCACGGCCGCGCGCGCCAACAUUGACGAAAUCAUGCGCGCCGGGAACGCUUGGAGGGAGAAGGGGGCGCCACCUGCUACUGCGCUCAAAGCUGGGUCCCGGCACAGCAUGAUAUUCUCGUGCAGCGGUCUGGCGUGGCGGUGUGUGGUGGACACAGCCCGUGCCGCGCGGCGCUGCGCGGCCUGCGGCGGCACCGCGGCGCUGCGGGCGCUGGCCGCCGCGCUCGCAGCGCUCCUCGCGCACGCACGCGCCGCGCACGGACGCAUGUGUCCCACCACUACGGCUGUACAAGGAGUAUCGAGAGCUCAGCGAUGGUUGGCUGAUGACGACAUAGUACGCUUCCUAAUGUCACUGAACAACUGGACCGCCGUUAUACACCCAGACGCCAAGCUCAGUGCCGAAGACCUAAAGCAGGCGUAUGAACGUGAAGCAGAGAUCUUAGGUUCGAGCCUCGGCGACGGGGCCGUCACUCGCAAGGAAAUCAUUCCUGAUAUUAACGCACUCGCCGAUAUUGCGGUCUUGUGCGAGACUUUGGACUGGUUGAGCGCCAACAUCAGAGGUCUGCCAUCCAUGUUGGGUGGUCCAGGAGGACUGAACAAGCUUCCUGAGAAGUUCUUAAGCGAUAUCUCUAGUAACGUCAAGCAGUUAGACGAAAUGUCACAUAAGUGCUUGCUGUUCUUACAUUUGGAGCUCCGCAUCGAGUGCUUCCACUACCUCGGGCAAGAGGAGCGCAGCGAGGGCGCGGACACGGCGGGCGAGGGCGCGGGCGGGGGCGCGGGGGGCGCGGCUCAGUUAGCGCACGCACUGCUGGGGUUCCACGAGCAGGCGGGCGGCGUGCUGGCGGCGCGGCGCCUGGCCUACGUGCUGCGCGGGCUGGGCGACAUGAUGUCGGCCGCCGUGGUGUGGCGCUGGCAGGGCGCGGCCGGGGGCGCGGGGGCCGGGGCCCACCGCCUCGCCACGCUGCGCCACUGCCUGGCCGCGCUCGGCCUGCCGCACUCCGGUCUGCACCGCGCGCACACGUAUCUACACCUGCUCAGCUGCACGCCCGAGGAAAUAAUAACAUCGGUUCGCGAGAAAGGCGCCCAAUUCACCGAACUAGAAUACCUAAACGCAUUCAAAGUGAUCGAAACUCGUCGCGGCAUCUCGCCCGCUGACAUGAAGAUGCAUCUGAAACAACUCUCUGCUGCAUUAGGACAUGUUGGAGUUACUGUAUAAACUAAGAAUAGAAUAAAAUAUGUUAUUUAAUAAUAAAAUACACUGGUCCGUUAUUAAAAAACCAUUAAAAUCGUUGCAUAUUAAUGGCCGUGGCAAAAAUUCUAUAAAUAUGCACUGUAAAACAUGUAUGCUUAGUGUGCCUUAGCAAUAUUAAUGUUAAGUAUUUAUUUUAAUUUUUAUUUAAAAAGACAUUUUUUAUUUACAUAAUCAAGUAUUAAUUACUAUUUCCUUUUACUUAUUAUUUGCAAUAAAAUUAUAUGAUACAAAAUUA